GGGCAGAAGAGGUUCUGUUGCUUGCUCGAAGAACGGACCUGAGGAGAAUCUCUCUUGACCUGCCAGAUUUUACUGACAUAGUUCUUGAGGUUGGUGACAUCCGCCAUGCCAUAGCUAUAGACUACGACCCAGCUGAAGGCUUUGUCUACUGGACGGAUGACGAGGUGCAGGCCAUCCGGAGGUCUCACAUUGAUGGGAGGAAUGCUGUGGUGUUGGUUUCCACAGAGCUCAAACACCCUGAUGGGAUUGCUGUGGACUGGGUGGCCAGAAACCUUUACUGGACAGACACUGGCACUGAUCGGAUUGAGGUUACCAGGCUGAAUGGAACUUUUCGGAAGAUUUUGAUUUCGGAGAACCUUGAUGAACCUAGAGCUAUCGUUUUGGAUCCUGUGAAUGGUUACAUGUACUGGACCGACUGGGGUGAGCAUCCUAAGAUCGAGCGAGCAAACCUGGAUGGAACCGACAGGGUGGUCCUGCUCAACAGUUCUCUUGGCUGGCCCAAUGGACUCGCUCUAGACUACGAAGCAAGAAAGCUUUACUGGGGAGAUGCUAAAACGGACAAGAUAGAGGUGAUCGAUGUGAACGGCAGUAACAGACAGACUUUACUUGAAGACAAGCUGCAUCACAUCUUUGGUUUUACGCUACUGGGUGAUUACAUCUACUGGACCGACUGGCAGAGGCGCAGCAUUGAGCGUGUCCACAAAACCACUGCCGUGCGAGAGAUCAUCAUCGAUCAGCUGCCAGAUUUAAUGGGGCUGAAAGCUACUAAAGUCACACAGACAUAUGGUACAAACGGCUGUGCAGUGGAUAACGGAGGAUGCAGCCAUCUGUGUUUUUGGUGUCAGCAGGCAGUCCGCUGUGCCUGCCCCAUGGGGCUGGAGCUCCUCUCAGACCUUAAGACCUGCGUGGUGCCUGAAGCCUUUCUGCUCUUCACCAACAGGGAUAGCAUUCGUAGCAUUUCUUUGGGUACAAACAGCAAUGACGUGGCCAUUCCCCUGACUGGAGUCAAAGAGGCCUCAGCUCUUGGUUCCGAUGUUUCUGAAAAGAGAAUAUACUGGACGGACAUACAGGCAAAGAAAAUCAGCAGAGCGUAUCUGAACGGCAGCUCUGUGGAACAUGUCAUAGAGUUUGGACUGGACUACCCAGAAGGCAUGGCUGUGGACUGGAUAGGUCGUAACAUCUUUUGGGCAGACACAGGAACUAACCGCAUCGAGGUGGCCCGGUUGGACGGACAGUACCGACAGGUUCUUGUCUGUAAGGACCUUGAAAACCCACGCUCCCUGGAUAACCCACGAUCACUAGCACUGGAUCCAGCUAAUGGCUACAUGUACUGGACAGAAUGGGGAGGCCGACCUCGUAUAGCCAGAGCCUAUAUGGACGGUACCACCAUCACAACCCUGGUGGACAAAGUGGGGCGUGCCAAUGGACUGACCAUUGAUUAUGUGGACCAUCGAAUCUACUGGAUCGAUCUAGAUACUUGUAUGAUUGAAAGCACCAACAUGCAAG